AUGUCUUGGUUAUUUCAAUCGAAAGUCAGCAAGUCACACUUCUAUGUAUGGUAUUUGGGAUCGAAAGAAGCCGAUGGUGUUCGCGGAUCAGCUGUUGUAUUGCCCGUUAUGAGACAGCUGCUGAAGGAAAGCUUCAAAAAAACGCCGAGUAAAGCUACCGUCCAAAUAUCUUCAAAAGGCUUAAAGCUUAUACAAUCAGUACCGGCUAUGUCACGUAGUGGAAAAGUCAAAAUGCAAUUAGUCAAAUUUCAAAUAGCUGCUAAUUGCAUUACUUAUAGUAUUACUGGAAAAGCACCAUUUGAUGAUGUGGUUGGAGUGGUGAUGCUUGUUCUAAAUCCCGAAAUGCAAUCGCCUAUGCACGUUCACUGUUACAGAUGUGACAGUGCGGAAACAGCUCAAAUUCUUCACGCAAACAUACAGAUAAUUCUGUCAAAACCAGAGGUGCAAAGAUCUAUUGUUGACUUAGAACACCGUCUUUUCCUUUCCGGCCUUCUCGUACCACGAACAUCUUCAAGUUCACGCGAUCUAUCAGUUUCAUCUCGAGUGGCAACAGGAGGUUCAUCCAGUCAUCGACAGACUGCAUCUCAGACAUUAGAAAGACGUUCAAGGGCAUCUCGUGAGGCAGAAGCGGAAGCAGAAACUUCACGAAGAGUGCGACGGCGAGAAGAUUCUUCAAUUCCAGUCACAUCACGUCGUCUCGUAGAGGAGCUUAAAAGCAAAGUGACGUCAGCACCUGAAGCACCUAUCCGUAACAGCUUUGAGUCACUACACGGAACUCUGACAAGACCAACAGCAGAUUCUCGACUUCGUGACAUGCGACAACCAUCAAAACUACGCCUAUUCGGAGACACAUUAAUUCGCGAUCAUAAAAGUCGCAGCUUAGAUAAUUUGGCAGGCUGUUCAUUGGUCUCCACAAAUUUAAGAGGAAAUUCUCCAAAUAUAUUUCCAAAGACUGAUCUGACAGAUCCAUUUGGACAAUCAUAUGAACGCAUGAAUACAUUAGAAGGUUUCUGGAGAGGACCACGAGGCAGCAGUAUACAUCUGCAUACGUGA